UAGCUACUUUUCUCUAACGGAUAUUUCCGCGUGCAAUUUUCUCUUUCUUACUUUCGAUUUCAGUCUCGGCAGCCCGUGGCGAAGAAAUGACGUCCAGGAUGGGUGAGAAUCAAGAGGGAAAGAUGCCCCGAAGUGCUGAUCGUGCAAACAAGUGUGAUUUGAGGAUUGUUCUUCUGGGAAAGAAUGGAUCAGAAAACAGUCGAGUUAGAAACUCAAUCCUGGAAAUUGAUUUGCAUGAGUGUGAAAGUCCUACAGAUUUACAGGAGCCCUGUUCCAUAAUCAGUGGAAAGGUGAAGGACAGACAAAUCACUGUCAUUAACACUCUUCAUCUGCUGGAUCCACUCAUCUCACAUCAUCAGAUCACACACACAGUGAGACAGUGUGUGUCUCUGUCCGCUCUAGGACCUCAUGUGUUCAUACUCGUACUGCAGUAUAAAGACUUCACUGAGGAGGACAUGAGAAGAGUCGAAUAUGUGCUGAAACAGUUUAAUGAGGAAGCAUUUAAGCGUACCAUCGUGCUCACAACUGAUAAUGAGACAAGAUCUUUUUUUGGUGUGUGGAAGAAAUAUACAGCUGUUGAUCAGUUAAUAGAGGAGUGUGGAGGAGGACAUCUGCAGAUUGAGGAAAGAAAACCAGGAUUGCAAACAGAAAUAUUAAAGAGGGUUGAUAUGAUACAAGAGAAAAGCAAAGAAAAACAUCUCACUUGUGAGAUAUAUGAAGAUGAUAAAGAAUCUUCUGCAGAUGCAGAGCAGAGCAGAGCAGAGGAAGGAAACAACAAGAGCUCUCACCACAAAGACCAUAAAAAAACAGAAGAGAGGCAGAAAAACAAAAAUGAAGUGUCAGCGAAUUUUUCUGGAAAAGAGAAGCUGAACCUGGUGCUGUGUGGAAGUGAUGAUGCACUUAAGGCCUCUGUGUCAAAACUUUUUCAAGGGAAAAAGAUACAACAUUCACGUCAGAGAGCAAGCAGUGAAGUGUGUGUGAAGAAAGACUUGAAGCUUCAUGGACGUCAGAUCAGUCUGGUGGAGCUUCCAGCUCUGAUCAACUCUCGGCUCUCAGAGGAGGAAGUGAUGCGUCAGACUCUCCGCUGUGUGUCUCUCUGUGAUCCUGGAGUUCAUUUUUUCCUCAUCAUUAUUCCUGAUGCUACACUUACAAAUCACGAGAAAGCAGAAAUAGAGAAGAUCCAGAAGAUAUUUGACUCCAGAGAGCACAUCAUUCAAAUUUAUGGGUCAAGUCUCUCUGUUGAAGAACAAGUGAAAGAAUCCAUACAACCCCAUCCAGAUUCUCAGAGUUUAAUCAGCCUCUACGGGGAUCGGUACAAAGUGAUUGAGUUAAAUGAACCUGAAAACUCGAGACAGAUCCCAGAUCUACUGGAUUAUAUGGAUGAAAUGAAGAUUGUUCCAUAUUCACUUCAGAUGUAUGUGAAAGCUCAAGAGAACAGAGUCAGACAUGAAACUAAGAAGACAUAUGAAGAAGAACUGAAGAGACUGAAGAAUGAAAUGAAAGAGUUAAAACAUAAGAUGGAGUCAGAAGGUGUUGAGAAUCAACCAGAUGAUCAGGAGAGUCUGAGGAUUGUGCUGAUCGGGAGGACAGGAAAUGGAAAGAGUGCAACAGGAAACACUAUUCUGGGAAGAGAUGAGUUUCACAGCCAAUCAAACACAGAUUCAGUGACGACUGUGUGUGAGAAGGGAGUUGGUGAAGUUGAUGGUCGAUCAGUCGCUGUUGUUGAUACUCCAGGACUCUUUGACACAACACUGUCAAAUGAUCAUGUGGUGGAAGAAAUCGUGAAAUGUGUUUCACUGUCGUCACCUGGACCUCAUGUGUUCAUCAUUGUGGUGAGUGUGGCAAGAUUCACAAAGGAAGAAGCAGCCAGUGUAGAUCUGGUAAAGAAGAUAUUUGGUCAUAAAGCUGCUCAGUUCAGCAUCGUCCUGUUCACUAGAGGAGACGAUCUUGGGAAUGAAUCCAUAGAAGAUUAUGUGAAGAGAAGUAAAUCUGCAGAACUGAAGAAACUGAUCAGAGAUUGUGGAAACAGAUUCCUGGCUUUCAAUAACAGAGAAAAACUAGACAAAACUCAAGUAACUCGCCUGUUGAACAUGAUAGAAGAAGUAAAAAACACCAAUGAGGGUCGAUACUUCACUAAUAGCAUGUUUGAGGAGGCAGAGAUGUCCAUUAAAAAGAGGAUGGAGGAAAUAAUGAAAGAGAGAGAAAGAGAAAUGCAGAAUCAGAGAGAAGAAUUACAGGCUAAAUAUGAGAUGGACAUGAAAAUCAUGACGAAGAGACUCGAGGAAGAGAAACAAAGAGCAGACGAGGAGAGAAAGAAAAUGGAGAAUCAAAUCAGAGAAAAAGAGGAAAAACUCAAAAGAGAGUUUGAAGAGAAAGAGAAAACAGAACAGAAGAAACGAGAGAUUGAAGACCAGAAACGAUCAGAAGAGGAAAAACAGAGAAGAGCUGAACAUCAUCAAAGAGUAGAAGAAAUGAAGAGAGAGAUUGAAAAUCAAAGAUCACAGUAUGAAAAACUGAGAAAGGACAGAGAAGAAGAAGAUAGAAAGAGAGAAGAGAAAUACAGACAAGAUCAAGAAAAGAUGAAAAAAGAACAAGAACAUAUUAUAGAAAAGUUACGAAAAAAACAAGAAGAUGAAAUAAAAAGGAGAGAUUUUGAGGAGAAAAAAAGGAUUGAACAAGAAGAGGAAGAAAGAAAUGAAUGGAAAAUAAAAUUUAAAGAGGCUGAAAAUGGCAGAAAAGAGACUAAAGAGGAAAUUAAACGACAGCAGAAAGAAUGGGAGGAUCAAAAGAGAAAUGAGACAAUAAAACGACAGGAAGAAGAAAGAAAGAGAAAAGAGAAACACGAAGAACAGCUGAGAGAAAAACACAAAGAACAGGAGAAAAUGAAAGCUAAAUUUGAAAAAGAGCGAGAAGAUGAAAGAAAGAAGAUUAUGGAGGAGAGAGAAAAACAGAGAAGAGAAAGAGAAGAAAAAGAGAGAGAAUAUAAAAACAAGAAAUCUGAAAUGGAAAGACAUUAUGCACAAGUGGAACGAGAGAAAAUGCAGGAGUGGGAGAGAAUAAAACGAGCAGAUGAUGAGAGACGAGAAGAGAGAUGGAAGAAAAUCGUUGAAAAUCUGAAACGAGAACAAGAAGAAAAGUUCAUGAGAAGAGAAACUGAGAGAAAACAAAGAGAAGAGAAGGAGAGAUAUGAAAUUAAAAAUAAAUAUGAAGAGAAUAUAAAAGUCAUGGAGAAGAAACAUGAAGAUGAAGCCAGAAAACAAGCAGAAGAACUGAAUGAUUUCAGAGCGAGAAAUGAGCAGCACGUUCUGGAGCUCAAAGAGAUGCUGGAAGAACGUCAGAGACAACGUGAAAUACUGGACAAAAUCUGUCAACUCAUGGGGCUCCAGAAGGGGGUAAUAACACAAUUCUAUGAAUACUUAAAUGGGGAACAAAAAGUUGAAGAUCUCCAUCAACGCCUGCAAGAUGCAAAAGGAGAUGAACUAAAAAAGCUACAAAAAGAAGUUGAAAAAUUUUGGAAGGAAUCAAAUAAAUCAAAUUGUGUCAUUAUGUGACAGCUCAAAUAAUCAUUAGGUCAUUUAUUCAUAACAAGGCUGACGUGGAUGAGUGUGGAUUCAUGGUCAUAGCCAAUAUCUAAUUUUGGGGGGGAGUUUUGGAAAAAAAAAAUCUCCCAUCCUAAUUUUUUUUCCACCACCACGUCCCUUUAGGGGCUCCG